UGCUCUCUGAGGAAAGAAGAAAGGAAGAGCAGAGCAGAGCACACUCACCCCAGGAUGACACUAAAUACUCAGCAGGAAGCAAAGACACCCCUGCGUCGCCGAGCCAGCACUCCACUGUCCCUGUCCCCCCGACGCCACCAGCCUGGCCUUCUGUGCACAGAGCCCUCCACGCAGUCCCAGCAUCCCCGGCUGGGCCAAUCAGUCUCUCUCAACCCUCCUGCUCGGAUCUCUUCACCUGCCCCCAAAGAUUGGUCAUCUGAAUCCAGCGACUCUGAAGGCUCCUGGGAGGCCCUCUACCGGGUGGUACUGCUUGGAGAUCCUGGUGUAGGGAAGACCAGCCUGGCCAGCCUUUUCGCAGGAAAGCAAGAAAGGGACCUCCAUGACCAGCUGGGAGAAGAUGUAUAUGAGAGGACCCUCACAGUGGAUGGGGAGGAUACUACACUGGUGGUCGUGGACACCUGGGAGACCGAGAAACUGGAUGAAAGCUGGAGCCAGGAGCUGGGCCUGCAGGUGGGCAGCGCCUAUGUCAUUGUAUACUCCAUCGCAGACCGAGGCAGUUUCGAGAGUGCCUCUGAGCUCCGAAUUCAGCUGCGACGCACACAUCAGGCUGACCACGUGCCCAUCAUCCUUGUUGGCAACAAAGCAGACCUGGCACGCUGUCGGGAAGUCUCUGUGGAAGAGGGCCGCGCCUGCGCUGUGGUGUUUGACUGCAAAUUCAUUGAGACGUCAGCUACAUUACAGCACAACGUGGCGGAGCUCUUCGAGGGUGUGGUGCGCCAACUGCGUCUGCGCCGCCAGGACAGCGCCCCCAGCGAGCCACCACCGCCCCGACGACGGGCCAGCCUCGGCCAGCGAGCUCGCCGCUUCCUGUCCCGCCUGACAGCCCGCAGCGCCCGGCGUCGGGCACUCAAGGCCCGCUCCAAGUCCUGUCACAACCUGGCGGUGCUCUGAGGUCACC